UCGAUUAGAAGAUAAACCAAAUCCUUAUCAUCUUUUGUUGCCAUGAAUGCAUUAUCUGAUAUCUAACCUUUGCCACCACAGAAACUUCCAACUCACAAUUCAGCCCCUCCCUUCCUAUCCUAUCAUCAAAUCCCACCUUGUAUUAUUAAUAUCCAUCCACCCUUCUUCUCAUUCUUUGAUAUCCCAUCAACACUUAGACCAAACAUACCAAAUGGCAACCAUCACCACAGCAGCUGUUUCCAUCCCAUCUUUCACCGGCCUCAAGUCAGCCGGGGCCACUGCCUCCAGAGUCAGCGCCACCACCAAGGUUUCCACCCCCAUGCUAUCCAUCAAGGCCUCGUUGAAAGAUGUCGGUGUGGCCGCUGUCACCACAGCUGCCAGUGCAUUGCUACUCGCAAGCACUGCCAUGGCAGCCGAGGUCAAGCUGGGAGCUGACGACGGUGCUCUUGUUUUCUCUCCAAGCUCUUUUUCAGUAGCUUCUGGAGAGAAGAUUACAUUCAAAAACAAUGCUGGAUUCCCACACAACAUUGUCUUCGACGAGGAUGAGGUUCCUGCAGGUGUUGAUGUAUCGAAGAUCUCACAGGAAGACUAUCUCAACGGAGCAGGAGAGACUUUCACGGUUACCUUGACCGAGAAAGGUACUUACAAGUUUUACUGUGAACCUCAUGCCGGAGCUGGCAUGAAAGGCGAGGUCACUGUUACCUAAUUCCGCUCAAUAGAUAAUAAUAAUCUUUUCAUCCUUUCAGUUUAUUUCAACUUUUUGGUGUGUGAAGAUUAUGAUAAAUUGUUGGCUUCAGUUUGUGUACAAUGUAUGAGGUGAACCUAAAUAUGUGCUACUCUUUAUUUAUAUUUGUACAAGUAGAUUUCGCACCAA